UUCAUUUUGCAGUUUUUGCAACAUCAUUCAAAAUGUGGAAUAUACGCUGAGUUUACAGUUUUGUGAAUGUGAACAAAACAUCGAUGAACUCUGAUAUGCGAGUCUUAUUAAGAAAAUAUGCAUGUUUCAGCUUUAAGUGGGCCCAGGCUAGAAACAACAGCAAUGCAACACUAAUGCACAACUCAACAUUGUAAUACAGAAGAACAUCAACAUGCAACAAAUCAGUUCUUAUUCAAGACAAGUGCAUGUGUGACUACUAGUGAAGGAUCAAAUUAUACUGUUGCAGAGUCUUCCAUGCAAAGACAAAACAUUCAAUUGGUGGCAUAUUCAGUUUAAAAUAAUGCCCUGUUCAGACAAGCUAGAAAGAUGUACAAUGCUACCAUGGUAUCUUGUCUGAUGCUGAAAAACCAACAAGUAAUGGGGUGCUUCUAUGUCCACUAUGUUGCUGCUACAAAUAUUAAUAUACAAGACAAGGGAGGGUGUCACGUUUUAGUACGUUGUAACCUGUCAACCACCCUUUAAGUUUUUCUAUAACUUUCAAGUACACUAUUUAACAAGAUGCCUUGAUUAUGGAGCAUCAAUGUGAGAAACAUUUACCUGUAGCUUGAACACCUUUGAUCAUCGUGAUUUGUGAAAGGAGUAGGAAAAACAUGGUAUUCAGAGUACAGAAGACUUGUCUACGAAACUCCACUUAUUUGUUCUGAAGUACUGCGGUCACAUCGGAAUGAAGUACUUCAUGUCAGCUUUUCUCAUGAUGGAACCAUGUUUGCUACUUGUUCAAAAGACAGCUCCAUUAUUGUCUGGCAUUCAUCUCACCCAGUAAAAAUGAAGUACAGGCAUGAUAUGAAAAUGUUCAGGUGGAAAUAUACACAACUUUCCCAGUUUAACAAGUCUGACACACUAUUACUUGUCUCUGGUGUCCAUUUCGGAUCUACUGCCAGUCAUUCAGGAGAAAUUGCUGUGUUCUCGUUACAAGAUGGGUUCAAUCUUCAGUGCAGAGUUGGUAAUAAACCGUCUGACAUAUUCGGGACGUGGUACAGCGAUAGUUAUCUCAUCUCAGGUGAUUGGUACUCACUCGGCGGGAUGGUAAGCACAACCGGGCUUUGGCUGAACAAAGCAUCUCAGUUACUCCGGCAGGAAACCGAAUCUGAACAAACCCCAAUUCUGAACAACCUUUUUCGCUUUUACAACACGAACGCAAGUUCAAUUCACCUGAUCACCAUGGCAGAUUGUAAAGAAGGCUGCAAGCUGGUACCUCUGCCUAAAUUGAAUCCUAACCCGAAUUUGCAUAUUGAAGACUUGAACAAUACUGUCAUUAAACCAUUACCAUCAGAAGAAAGAAGAAUCAACGAUGAGGAAGAAAGUGAUAGCGAUACUGAUGAAGAUGAGGAACUUUUGGAUCAACCGGAGAAGUUGUUGAUUUUCAUCACUGGCUCUAAGACGUACAUACCUCAUCAAAUUGGUUUUAAAAAGAUACCACGGGUGAAUUUCCCUAAAGUGCUAAAACGAGGCUUGAGUGUCAAGGAGAGGUUAGCUAAGCAGAAAGAGAGAUCAGCCACAUCUCCAGGACCCAACUGGCAAGAUUACAACAAAGUCUCUGAUAAGUUUGAUAGAAUUGAUCAUGUCAUGGAUUUACAUGGACACAUUAUCGGGAUGUGCCUUUCGCCUGAUCACAGAUAUUUGUACGUAAAUUGUCGUUCCUGGCCCAAAGGCUAUUUGAUAACACAUGCUCUUGAGCCCCCGCCGAUUGCACAAGAAAUCGACAUCCAUAUCAUCGACCUGGUCGAGCUGUGUGAAGUCAGCAAGAUACUCGUAUCGCACAAAGCACACACGCCCAACAAUGAAUGUCCUUAUAUUUAUUUAGACGUCUCUGAAGAAUAUGUUGCAAGUGGCGCAGAGAAUAAUCAUGGUUACCUUUGGGAUCGCAAUUACAGUAUUUGCCUGGCCAGAAUGCCCCAUGCUGACAUAGUAAAUUCUGUAGCUUUUAACCCCGUUGACUCAAGUAUGCUGGUGACGACCUCAGAUGACUUCGAAAUAAAGGUUUGGAGAUCCAAAGAGUUCCUCGAUGAGCGGAUCGGACGGAAAGAGAGGCAUCAAAUGCUUCAUGCAACUCCAAUUAUUAAAAAGUGUUAAUUCUCUUUUUUUAUAUUGUAUAAACAAAAUUUACAAUAAAUUAUUUACUUUUUUA